AACAUUUUUUACUUGUCACAUCUGACAGAUCUGACCGUGAACCAUAACUUUUUCCGAUGUUGUCCGGUAUUAUGUUAGAUUUUAUUGUUUUUAUGAAUGUUUUCGACUGAAUUAAAAUAGUUUUAAUAAUUUACUUAAGUGUAGCUGUGUUUGUAAAAUAAAUCUUCAACAUUUACUUCAAACUUUUGUUUAUGCCGUCCACCACAAGGAUUUGAUAUGGAUUCUUCAUGACAAUGGCCUUGACUGAACAAGGCUAAAGACAAAAGAUGUCACGAUUGUCCCAAUUUUACACCGUCGAGGUGGGCGACACGAAAUUUACCAUUCUAAAGAGAUACCAAAACCUGAAACCCAUUGGAUCUGGAGCUCAAGGGAUAGUUUGCGCUGCAUUGGACACAGCAACUCAACAAAAUGUGGCUAUUAAGAAGCUCAGUCGACCGUUCCAGAACGUCACGCAUGCCAAAAGAGCAUACAGGGAAUUCAAACUCAUGAAACUAGUCAACCACAAGAAUAUAAUCGGUUUAUUGAACGCUUUUACGCCACAGCGGACACUAGAGGAGUUCCAAGAUGUUUACCUAGUUAUGGAGUUAAUGGACGCGAACCUCUGUCAAGUAAUUCAGAUGGAUUUGGAUCACGAGAGGAUGAGCUACUUGCUCUAUCAGAUGUUAUGUGGCAUUAAACAUUUACAUUCCGCUGGAAUUAUACAUAGGGACUUAAAACCCAGCAACAUAGUAGUGAAAUCAGAUUGUACUCUUAAGAUACUCGACUUCGGUUUAGCAAGAACCGCAGGUACAACAUUCAUGAUGACCCCUUACGUCGUUACCAGAUACUAUAGGGCGCCUGAAGUCAUAUUAGGUAUGGGAUAUACCGAAAAUGUGGAUAUUUGGAGUGUUGGUUGUAUCAUGGGGGAAAUGAUCCGUGGGGGAGUACUGUUUCCUGGCACUGAUCACAUAGAUCAGUGGAAUAAAAUUAUAGAGCAACUCGGCACACCAUCGCAACAAUUCAUGGUGCGGCUGCAACCAACUGUCCGAAACUAUGUCGAGAACAGACCGAGAUAUCCAGGAUUCACGUUCGAGAAACUCUUCCCUGAUGUACUUUUCCCAUCGGAUAGUAAUGAACACAACAAACUAAAAGCUUGCCAAGCCAGAGACUUGCUUUCGAAGAUGUUGGUGAUUGAUCCUCUGAGUAGGAUAUCUGUGGACGAUGCACUUUUACACCCUUAUAUUAACGUAUGGUAUGACGAACAGGAAGUUAAUGCUCCUGCUCCUGGUCCGUACGACCACAGCGUGGACGAGAGGGAGCACACAGUUGAACAAUGGAAAGAACUUAUUUACCAAGAGGUCAUGGAAUACGAAACUUCUCACGGAAGAGGAGCAUCUUCUAGUUCUCAACUAAGCCCCGCUGUCAAUAGUGAACCCAACGGUUAUUGAUUUCGAAGCACAAAUCCAACUUCAUCUAGUCUAGUGUUAAAAGUGUAUUUAUAAUAAUUGUUAACACCAACGACAAACUAGUUAUUCACAAUAAAAAUUUAUGAUUAUAUAAAAAAACAAAUAAGGACUAAAAUUAUUUAGUCUCCCCUGUAUAAUAAUAUACUCAUGUCUAAUCAGUAGGAGUGUGAUAUAUAAUAAAAUAAAAAUGAAGAAUACUAGUUUGCAUUUACCUUCAGUUCUUCGGGUCUAUGAAAAAAAUUAGGAUUUUAUAGAUUUCUGCGGUCAGUGUCAGAUUCAAUAAAUCGAAAUCCAGCUUUGGAUCAAGUCGUUCUUGAUUAAUUCAAUAAAGAAUGCUCCUUAACUUUUUUACUUUUCUGUUUACUUAAAAGGGGAGGUAAUUUGUCGGUAAAGUUUGUUUAGCAGUAAAUGGUUGACUUCAAAUAGUACCGACUAUAAACAUCCUGUUUUAACCGAUAAUAGUAUAAAAGGCCCGGUUUCAGGUAAAAUUUAAAUAUAUUUGAAUGUUUGUUUUUCUAUAAUCUUAGCAAUUAAAAUAGAUUUAAUUUAUUUUAAAACUCAUUUGAAAACAUUAAUUUCGGGUAUAUAAGGCAAAGCAAUAUAUUUUACAUCCGUUUUUUUGUUUUUGUCGUCGUAAUUAUUGUAAAUUUUGUGCAUCCUUUGCUUUAUUAUAGGAGUACCGUCUAGUCAGUGUUAAUUGUCAAAAGACCAACUUUGCCUACCUCGUUUGCUUAUCGCUCCCGACCGGCCUUAACAAUUGGCCAAGUCAGAUAAAUUUAAUAAUAUUUACGACCUCACUAAUUGAAGUCAACCAUUUACUGCUAAACAAACUAUAACGGUAUAUCAAGUAUUUAAUGUAACCAGAAACAAAACCAGUCAUCAAUAUAUGGAAGCAAUGCAACUGUAAAUGAAGAGGAAAAAUUAGCUUUAACUCCCAAAAUUCAUGCCUGGCCACAAAACUUUAAGUAACAAUCAGUGAAUUACUCGAUAGAGGGAAAACGGGGCCCCGGAUGCAGAAAAACGGCUUAGGAACCUCUGCCAGUGGUAUAGAGUGAGCCCCACGACACUUUUGGGUUAGCUGUGUUUAGUAAAAAUCAUGCGACUGAUCGCCAAUGUUCUGGGACGACAAGGCACUUACAGAAGAAGAAGAAGAUUGCUCAAAAAUUACACGGUAUAAAGUUGGAAGGCGAUUUAUUGAAAAAGGCAAUAGUUGAAAGUGCAAAAGGUUAAAAUAAGCACAUUUUACAUGUGGAUUCACAACCAUCAUAGUCCAGGGCUCAUCUGUUUUGAGAUGGAAGUUGAGAGGUGACUCAUAUUUUUUUUUCAGAAAUUGCUUGGAAUUAACUCAUAUAAUAAUAAUUGAGUUAUCCUCCCCCUCAAGAAGUUCCGGAAAAUUGUUUAAAUAAUCAAAAUGUCAAAAAAUGAAGGAAAAAUUCGAUUUUUUUCUUCGUUUUUUGAUUAUAACUUUAAAAAUAUUCACUUUCGAGAAAAGUUGCACUGACAUAAAAGUUGUGUAAUUAAAUUUCCUAUAAUAUAGGAUUGGUUAAAAUUUUUAAAAAUUGUCACCCUUGUUGCAAAUAGCAAUAAUUGCGAAAAAACCAUACAAAAACAAGUACAUAUUAGCAUUUUACGUUUUCAACCAUUUAUGCUACACUUGGGACCUUCAUAUUUUACCCAGAAAAACUUUAUGAUAUAAUAAAACAAUACUGUAAAUUUCAUUAAGAUCGGUUCAAUAGAUUUUGCAAAAUAAAUUUUGCAACCAACUUUCGCAAAAAAAAUUCAUUUUUUCAAAAUGUUGGAGGACUGACAAUAAAGCAGAUAACAAGUUGAAUUUUUUUUUACAUAUUAUAGAAGAAUACUGUACCUUUCAUUUGCAGUUUGCAAAAUUAAAAUCAGUUAACUACUACGGCGUCAGGAAUUUUUUUAAAUAAACAUUAAUUUUGGUGCUACGCGCAGGACAGUGGUGUUCGAUUCACACAAGUUGAUUUCCACCAAAAUUUCUUCCAAUCUUUAUCUCAUCUAUUAUUUUCUUAGUGUAUAUUUUGUUGUAUUUUAAUAUUUUAAUUCCACAAAAAUCAAACUAAUUUGAUUAUUGUUUGUGAAAUAUUGUUUAAACAAUUGCAUAUGUUUAAAAAUAAUAAACUUUUAUUCUCUAAGUUAAAAUAUGAACAAAUUAAGUUUUUGCUAAAAAAGUGUAAUUUCAAAGGACAGAGUAUGUGUUUUUAUUUUGCAAUAAACAAAUUUAUUUAUUUAUAUCGAAAUGUACUAAAAAUUAAAAUUUAUCAAUCAUUAUCAAAGGCCAUUGGAAUGUCCAAUCAGAGCAAACGUAUCCGCUGUCCUGCGCGUAGCACCAAAAAUUAAGGUUUAUUUAAAAAAAUUCCUGACGCCAAGAUAGUUAACCGAUUUUAAUUUUGCAAAUUUAUAAUGAAAGGUUAAUUUUGGUGUUAAUUUAAUAUUACAGUAUUCUUCUAUAAGUAAUUCAACUUGCUGUCUGCUUUAUUUUCAGUCCUGUAACAUUUUGAAAAAAUUAAUUUUUUGUGCGAAACUUGGAUUGCAAAAUCUAUUAAACUCAUCUUAAUGAAAUUUACAGUAUUUUUUUAUUAUAUCAUAGAGUUUUUCUGGGUGAAAUAUGAAAGUCCUAAGUGUAGCAUAAAUGGUUGAAAUACGUAAAAUGCGAAUAUGUACUUGUUUUUUUAUGGUUUUUUUCGCAAUUAUUGCUGAUUUGCAACAAGGGUAACAAUUUUUAACUAAUCCUAUAUUGUAGGGAAUUUAAUUACGCAACUUUUAUGUCAGUGCAACUUUUCUCGGAAAUGAAUACUUUUAAAGUUAUAAUCAAAAAACGAAGAAAAAAAUCGAAUUUUCCAUUCAUUUUUUGACAUUUUUAUUAUUUAAACAAUGUUCCGGACCUUUUUGAGUGGAAUAACUCAAAUAUUAUUAUAUGAGUUAUUUCCAAGCAAUUUCUGUAAAAAAAUAUGAGUUACCUCUCAACAUCCAAAUGUACUAAUAUUUUUACAGAUGCUCCCUGGUCCAUCAGUAAAACUAGGAAGUAGUUUCUAUUUUGUAAUAGAGUCAAGUCCUAAUAAUUAAGUAAAUUAGCGAUUAAUAACAUUCUUGUCCUAAAUGUCCUUUUCCAAUCAAUUUUCUAUGGAAAUUAACACUGUAGUACGUUCAUUAUCAAGACAAGCUCGGGUGCCUGAUCGGUAGAUAUGUCCUGUCGUCGCAGCUUGAAAUUAAUUUCUAACCAAUGACAAGGUGCGACGACGCUACACACGCACCUCCGUGUCUAAAACUGGCAUCUGAGCUUAUCUUGAGAACGAACAUAGUAUAGAUUAAACCAAAAAAUAUGAAUUAUAUUAUCUUUAGGUUAGGCGUUUUAGAAGCAAAACAAGGUCUAAUUUCAUUUUGAGUACAUCGAAGUUUAGUUUUUUCAGAUUAUCAGACGAUACUAUCAGGAAUACCAAAUUUGAAUUUUGCUUACGUGAAAUUUGAAUUUAUUUUUCGUUCUAAUUCUUACGUCUCAUAUUAACUGUAAUAUUCUCACUACAAAGUAAGGCAUUGUCAUUUAGCAGACUUUCAAGGUAGAUAACAAAUUAGCAAAAAAACAAAAAAAUUACCAACUAAGAUCACUAGCCAGUUGUGUCUGAGUUUAGAGAACCGACUAUAUCCAACAAAUCACAUAUGCUAGAUAUCCAAAGGAAAGGAAUAUGGAUAGUCCAUACUUCAAAGCAAAAAAAUCCUAUUGCCUAAUCUAUUGGUUAAGAUGGCCAGAAGAUAGACGUUUCCAUCCAAUAGCGGAAUAUAAUAUCAAUAGGGAACUUGCAUAAAAUUUUAAAUUCGAAAAAAAAAGUUAUAAAUCACAAUAGAACAUAAUUUAAAACAUGUAUCAAAGAUAAAAAAGUUUUAUUUGGCUUUCGUUUGGCCCCUAAAGACGAUUAAAAAUUAAAAUUAUUCCAGCCAGGCCAAAACGCGUCGUGACGUCAUCCGUUUAUAUAUUUACAUUCUUCCAACAAAGUAAACAGAAUUUUAAAUUAGACGUUAUAAACAUCAGUAGAAAAUACAGUUAUGUGACGUUACAAGUGUUUUUGAUCGUUUGAACUAUUCAUAGAAAACUUGUACUUUUACAAAAUGGUUUUAUUUUCCGUAGUAAACCUUCUUUCCUUUCCUUCAAUAACUAUAUCAAACUUCAAUGUCAACAAACUGGUAUAUAUUAUUACAAUGACAUACGAUAAAUGUUUAUAAAUAUAAAUAUUUUUCCUUUAUUCCGCGACGAGGUAUACCCAAGUAGGUGGAGGCCAAUAAACUAAAGCAGAAGAAUAUAGAAUACAAAAGACUUUAAAUUUGUACUUCUAAGUUAUUAUGAGUUUUUGAAUCGUAAAAUUUUGGAAAUCUCAUUUUUAUACAAAACUGAACAUUAUUAUGUAAUAAAAAAAAUGUGCAAGUUCCCUAUUGACAUAUCCAGAAGUUAACAAGUAUCUUCUAAUAUUUGUAAGAAGAACAUUCUGGCCCCGAAAUCUCCAAGAGUAGUAUCAAGAGAUAUCUGUUAAACAAAUAUGAUCGCCUACAUUCGAUAAUCGGACAUAGUGUACUGCAAAAAGAACUUGUUUUUGCUUCUACUUUAACUUUGUAACAAGCGCUUUGCAAAUAUUUCGUAAAAUUAAAAAAGCCAUGCUACGCCCGUGCCUUUACCACCAUACCAGUAAAAGUAAAUCGUUGUAUUAGGUAUAUAUAGAAAUUAAUUUAAAAAGAUAAGCCAUUACUCAAAUUUGGCAAUAAAAAUAGUUUAUUAACUUUCAGUAUAUAAGGAAAGAAGUUUGGACUUGCUCUAUUUUGAUUUUUUUCAUAGACCCAGUUCCCUCAAGUCUGUAGAUAUUGGACUGAAACAGUUUGACAAACUCGGUGACUGCUAUUACAGCCAAGACAUAACAAAUAUUUAAUAAUCAUUCCUACUCCUUGUUGUCUGCAUGCAUGUCCAUAAAUUGCAUGUUUAUGAAGGCUAAUAAAAUUAAUUUAACCCGCGAGCAGUCGCGCCGUCAGAUAAAAUCUAACAUUUUCUCUAUUUUCGCGAUAACUUGAUGAAAAAUUUUGCAAUUUUGAAAAAAAAAUUUAAGUGUCUCGAGGAAGGGUGUAGUAAUGCGUAGGUAUUUUUUUAUUCUUCUUUUUGUGGAAUUUAUGACUUAGGGGAGAGCCAAUUAGCUUUAAUAAUUGAAGACACAAGUGCAUGAAGGGUCUAUGUGACAAAUUUUUCAAAACAUGUUUUUUAUGUUAAAAGUAAGUUGUUUGAACCUAAAAAUCUUUCAAACAAGCCAAACACGUUUUAAAAUUAAUAUUUUCUAAGUUACUAGAGCGUAAAGGAUCUAUGUACACAGUAAAUUUUAAAAUGUAAGUGCAUAAAGGAUCUAUGUACACUUUUUAUAUAAAGUGCGGUGGAAUAAGUGUUGCCCCCCCUGUUAACUUGUUUAUUUUAAGAAUAUAAGCAAAACGCUCGGACAGGUCGAUUUUUAAACUAACCACAGUAUAUUAUAGCAUCAACGUUUCGAACUUUUAGGCGAUCCCUCUUCAGGUGACAGCCAUAACUUUGGUUUUUUUAGAUGGUAAAGUACAUCAUGUGACACCUCAUUUAACAGCUUUUGAAAUACUGAUUUCAAAAAUGUAUAAUACUUUAAUCCUUUUUGAGAUCGUAGGCGCAAAAUUUCGCUCGAACACUUUUUAAACGCAUUUAUUUUUUUCGAAUUCUGAGAAAACUAAUAAGUAUUUUUGAAAAAUUUAAACGCAGAAUGAAAGAUUAUAUUAGUACCAAGGGCUGACAGUCCCUUAGAAUAAACAAAAAGUUUCUUUUGAAUGAUAUAUUUGAAAUUAAAAAUCACACUAAAUUUUCUCUUUUUUUCACCACCGUGACUUAUUAAAAUAAACAUUAUAGGAGUUCUCAGGGACUUUGGACCAUCGAGAAUACUGUAAUAUUUCAUUCUGCGUUUAAAUUUUUCAAAAAUAUUUAUUAGUUUUUUCAGGAUUCGAAAAAAAUAAUUGCAUUUAGAAAGAAUUCGACCGAAAUUUUGCGCCUACGCUCUCGAACAGGAUUAAAGUAUUAUACAUUUUUAAAAUCAGUAUUUUAAGAGCUUUUAAAUGAGGUGUCACAUGAUGUACUUUCCCAUUUAAAAAAAUCAAAGUUAUGGCUGUCACCUGAAGAAGGAUCGCGUAAAGUUCGAAACGUUGAUGCUAUAAUAUACUAUGGUUAGUUUAAAAAUCGACCUGUCCGAGCGUUUUGCUUAUAUUCUUAAAAUAAACAAGUUAACAGGGGGGCAACACUUAUUCCACCGCACUGUAUAAGAAAUAUAUAAUAAAUAUUUUUUUUAAUAGUGUUAAAAAAUAUAUUCGUUUUAGGACUACCUAUCCUAUAAAUAUAGUCUAUUUAGAUCUUAUAGUUAAAAAGUUCUAGUAUAAAAACUUUGACUUCAUUGUUCUCGAUAACUUGCAAAUGUCACAUAGACCCUUCAUGCACUUGUGUCUUCAAUUGUUAGAAAUAAUAUUUCUAACAUAGCAAGUAAAUAAAAAUACUAUAAAAUAAAAAUUUGUUGUAAAUUCGUAUUUAAAUUCGUAUUGUGAGAUAAAAUCUAGCACGCGACUGUUCACGUUACAGAAGUGAGCGCGACUGCUCCCGGGUUAACUAAACUUUGUAAGAUGAAAUUUGAAAACUGCGCAACAGAGAAAAUGAACAUUUUAAAAUUCUUUUUUUAUUAAUAUCUUGACUUAAAUAUGUACAAAGAUGUUUGUAAAUACGAGGGUCAUUUUUAAAAUAAGAUUCCCUCCGCCGCUGAGAAAGAAUGAGGCGUGCUAGAAAAAAUCUGGCAACACUGCUUUACAUAUCAAUUCUCCCUCUUUCCUACCCCACCAGUUUCGCCUCGUUGCAGUGCUCAGUAUCGGUCUAGCAGCGUUCGAAGAUGGAGGUCAUAGUCGUACCGCCAAUGUGAAAUUCAUGCUGUGAUAAGUUUUUUAAAUGCAAAAUCGAUAUUUAUUGUCAGUUAAUCAAAGUUUAUGGGUAAAAGUGCAUAGGUAUCUGUUCAAAAUGCUCGCAAAUGGUGUAGAGAAUUCAGUGAAUGCCGAGUGAAAAGACUUCAGAUUCAUCGUGAAUUUCCAUUCGGUCUUCACUGAAUUCUCUACACCAUUUGCGAACAUGUUGAACAGAUAAUAUGCACUUUUACCCACAAACAUUGAUUAACUGACGAUGAAUGUCAAUACGUGAGAUCCAUUUUGCAUUUAAAAAACGUAUCACAGCAUGAAUUUUACAUUGGCGGUAACAGCGACCGCGACCUCUAUCUUCGAAGGCUACUAGGCCGACACUGAGCAACGCAGCGAUGCGAAAGUGAUGGGGGUAAGAGAGAAGGAGAGUUUAUGUGUAAGACAGUGUUGCCAGAUUUCUCCCAGCACGUCGCAUUCGUUUUCAGUGGCGUAGGGAAUGUUAUUUUACGAACAACCCUAGUAGCAAGAUUUUACCUGUAAUAGCAGUCACUGUUUGUGAAACAACACACUAAGAAACGGUAGCAUGCAUUUUCAAAAUUCUCCUGUUAUAUUUUCCUUUUAAAAUAACUACUUGAUGACUGAUAGUGCCUUUUGUUUCUUAUUUUGUCUUAGUGUUUUUGCUAACUUUAGAUAAUGCAUAAAUUUUCGUUGGAAUACUUUCAUAUUUUGAUGUAAAGAAUCUUUUAAUAAAAACUAGGCUUCAAAUAAAAAAAAUGUGCGUAUGUCUUUAAUAUUUUUGACGUUUAAACGUUUUAUGUUAUCUCACAAAGAGAGUUUUCGUAAUUUUAAAUCAAAAGAGUGAAAAAUCGCUAUAAUAUCAAUAUUAUUUUUGGAAGGAUGAGUAGCCUUUGGAAGGUUGAGCAGUGGAUGAGAAUUGCCAAGAGUAGAAAUCGAUGGAAGCAAAUGGAAGAGGCCUAUAUCCAGCAGUGGACGAACACAGGUUGAAGAAGAAGAUCAAUAUUAUAGCUUUGUUGCAAAUAUUCAGUUUUAGAAAUGAAAUAUUCCACACUGUUAUAGCUCGGUGAAUUUGAUUAAACAGACUUUCAAUCAUCUUUUUCAUAACUAAUUUACAAUAUUGACCCACCAAGCUACAAGCUACAAACUAGAUCCACCAUGCUACAAUCUAGAUCCACCUUCAACCGGAUAGGGGCCUUCUUCAAGUCCUCUGUCCGUUUUUAUGGUGGAAUCGUAGACCUUGAACAAAUAUAUUUGUUAGUUUGUUAUUGGGAGAAGAAGCAUUUACAUUUAUAUGCAGAAGAUUGGUAGCAUUUGAGAUGUGGCUAAAUCGGAGAAUACUAAUUGUCUUAGAUACGGCCACUUGGGAAGUCAGUGUAGGAGUCAGCCAAGAUGUAACAGAUGCCAAGAACAUCAUAAUUUUGAAGAUUGUACGAAAGUUGAGUUCACACAAGUAUGUUUCAGCUACGAGAAUACUUAAGAUCCUGUGGCCUGACCAAUUCACAAAUGAGGAAGUCCUCAGAAGAGUGACGAAGAACCAAGAGCUACUGACCACCAUCUUUCGAAAGCCACAAUUCUUUGGACAUAUUAUGCGAAGUCAAUCCAGCUAUGCCUUCCAACAGCCACUCUGCAAGGAAAAAUAUUUGAAACAGGAAGAAAAAGAACAUCCUGGUAAAGCAACUCAGAACCUGGUUCAACACAACAUCUGUGCAGCUUUUCCACGCUGCUGCAGAUAAGAUAAAGAUUUCCAUGAUGAUCGUCAACAUUUGUCGCGGAUAGGCACAUCAAGAAGAAACCCAUUUAAGUUUGGUGGUUGGGUUGAUAUACUCUUAUAUCAUCAUCGCUUGUCUCAUCCUGCCCACCUUCAAUAUUAUAAUUUAUCCAAAAAAAUUAAGACGCUAAAAAACCGAGAAUGCCCGUGCUAUAUGUAUAUAUUCACAUAGCGCGCCUAGUUUUUAAUAGAUCAUUCUUACCAAACCAAAAAAAUUAUCUCGAAGAUAUGAAAAACAAGACAUGGAUGUUAAAUGAGUGUAUCUAUUUUCACAGUAUUAAGUGUCUUUAUAUACUAUCUAGAUCGUGUGCGAAGCAAAGUAUUGUAGGCCGGUUUUUGUUAGUGUUCAUUCGAUAUCAUCAUUUCAAAAGGUAAAAAAUACCCGAAAAAUGUUCUAAGUACUUAAAAGUAUGUUGAGAAAGACAUUCAAAUAUAAAAUUUAGCAAUAUUUGGUCACUCUAAUGAUCGCUGAUGUCGAAUAAACAUCGGUUUAACCAUUUCUGAUAGAGAUUUACAAUGUAUUCCUAUUUAGAAGAAGAAGAGACUGAUUUUGGAUGUAUAAUUAAAAAAUAAGAAAAGAUGCUGUGAUAUUUAAUCUUUAAUUGUGUUUUUAAUAUCUUCGAGAUUACAAGCAGAGUAAAGCUUGAUGCAAGAAAAAAAUUCAUUUGAUAAAUUUAAGCUUUUACAUUAGUUAUUAGGAAAUUAUGGUCAAUCUAGCGAUGCCAUAGAUUCUUAAAUAUUUGGACAAGAAGUAGUACAAUAUUAUGCUUUUAAUUUCCAAGUUACCACUGCACCAACUAUAAUACUACCUUCUUUCACAAGAUAAGCUCGAGAGACGUCAUCGAUGGGUGUGUUGUGUCGUUGCAGCUUGUCAUUGGUUGAAGAUUAAUGUCUAACCAAUGACAAGCUGUGACGACCCGACACGCUGACCGAUCAGUAUCACCUCGAGCUUAUCUUCUGGGUCUUUAUUCCGUACUCAGUUGUCCUAAGAGUUGGAUGCCACUCUAUUUACAAAUUAUAGUAUAAGUUACGAGUUUUCUGCGUCGCACAUAGGGGUAUUUGACCGAUCUGGCUGGCCAAAAGUCUAUUUUGUCAAACAUCUUUUGGGAUAACAUAAACUACGUGUUCUAUUAGCCCGAUAGUUGCUAUACACUGGGCAAAAUCUUUCCCGGUCCCACGAUAUCGCCUACUCAGGUAAUAUCCAGUCAAAACUUGACCAUCAUCGUUCAUAGUGUAAACGAUUUUCGCUAUUAAAGUGUGAUCGCUAAGUUUGAGAUUAAAUACUAUUUACUGGGUGAUUGUUACAGUGUAAACAAUUAUGGAUCUUGAAAAUACAGGUAAGAUCACAUAUUAAUAUGUGUAAUUUUAUACUAUAUUUGUACAAUGCGGUUUCUAAGCAGCGUAUUGAACUUUAUCAUUUUUUUGUUUAAAAUUUGAUUUGUUUUUAAAAUGCUAAAAGAAAUUAGUUAUACUUCAGGGUGCUUCCCGGUCAUAUUUUUUAUUGGGAUGAAUUUGAUAGGCCUCUUGAAAUAUGAUGGUAGAGAAAUCACCUGCUAUUUUUUGCUCUUUUUCGUUAUAUUUACAUUUAAAUUGAGGUAGUCGUAAGAACCAAAUUGCACAAACCUAAUUUUUUUUCAGCUGUUAACACAACUCUUGUUUGUUUUAGACAUGAUAAGUGGUUCAAAUUACAGAGUUUUUUCUAGAAAAAGAUUAUACGAUAAAAUGCAAGAACAAAACUUGCCGAAUUUUAAGCAAAAAUAAAUUAUUUAGAAAAUGAGCUUUUAACACAUGAAGAUUAGAGUCAAGACCAAAUAAAAGAGUUGAAGCGUAAAAGCGACUUUAUAAGAUGGUCAAAAGCUAAUAGACAGCCAGCCAAAUUCUUAGAAGCCACAUAAGCCCGAAAUAAACAUUUCAGGAUGUACCGUAACAGCUUUGCACGACAAUUUUCAAGGGUGGAAUGCAAUCUAGACUUCUGUUAAGCUCUGAUCCUUUAAUAACUUGUUUAAGACCAAAACAGACAAAAUCCUCAAAAUCUUUUUCAAAGGAAACUAUCGAAAAGUUCAUUCCAGCUGAUUUAGACGAAAAUGUUAAUAAACUCGGACUCCGAAGAACUAGCUGAAGAUGAAGCAGAUGACUCAGAAGAACCAUGGAAUUUAUCGUCUAGUUGAUGUUAUUUCAAUUUAAUUACAAUUUUUUAUUACAUUUACAGUUGCAUUUUUGUUUAUUUUUGCUUGUACAUAAAAAUAUUCUAUACCUACUCGUUUUUUUUUUUAAUAAACUAUCAGAGAUAAUUUCCUUUCAUGCAAAAUAUUAAAAGAAACAUUAAAAUUAAAUAAUAACACGAUAAAUCAUUUUGGCCAGCCAGAUUGAUGAAAUACCCCUAUGUGCGUCGUUUGGUUAUCAUUUCUGAGACAAAGUGUCAAUCCUGCUUUAUUUUGAAAGUUCUGGGUUGUUUAUCUGUUGAUAUUACUAUUAUAAAAUUCAUAUUAGCCUUAGUAUUUUAACUCAGUUGAAUUUUGUUCUAUGGUCUUUUGUUUUCAUUCAUUUUGUCGACCUACUGAUUAAAAAGCGCACCACAUGGAAGUCAAAAACUAAAAGACCAAAGGGAAGACCCAGAGUUAUGGAGGACCAGGUGAUGAGGGACAUCAAAAUCCUGAAAGUAAGAAACUAGGCACAUGUCGAAAUAAGUGGAAAAAAAUUGUAACGAAAGCCAAGUCAUACAACAAACUGUUGACAAUAUACAAGAAGAAUGAAGAGUGAUUCACCACAAUAAGCGAAUCAGAGAACUCUAAGUAAGAGCGGCAAACAUUCCAUCCGGAUUGAAAAGCCUUGAUAAUAAUGAUUUUAUAAAAAUUAGUAAAAAUUUCAUAAUUUCUAGAUGCCAACAGUAAGUUACAUAGAUUUUUUCCAGAAUCUGUUCAUUUUUACGGUAGGUUGGCUGCUACAGUAAUCUCCAGCUUCAAAAAACCAUCGAAAGAUUCUCAAUUUCGUACCGUUUGAGUCCAACAGGUGUGGCGACCGAUCACGGCACGAUACUUCGUUAAAAAUCAAUAACUUCUCAGUAAUAAUGGUUGGUUCUUCCUAUACAGCUGUUAUUUUACCUAAUCUAUCGACCCUCAUCCUUUUUUCGGGGUUGAGACCGGCACUAAAGAUGUCAAAUCUCAAAAAAAAAUGCCCAGGUGCGGAGUGUGCAUAUCUUCCAAAUAUUGUCUACUUAUUUUGACCAAAAGUUUCAUUCUUAAAAAUAUUUAUGAUUUUAUUGAAGCUUAAAUUUAUCAAAAUUACAAUCAAAACUGGAUGUAUAAAACGCAUAAUAUCGGAUAUUUAGCAGUCUGCUUUUUACGAUGCCGAUAUUUUUUAAAUUGCAUCAGUUACUGCCUCAUCCACCCUCAAGCAAGACUAUGAUUUAGGAAACCAGGGUACACACUUCAGUCUCAACCAGUCCGUAGUGCGAAAAUGGCUCUUAACAUUUGUAAAGUUUGUUUUAAGAAUUAAAAUUCUUGCUAAUUCCUAGAGUUAAAAAUAUGUAGUGAUUUAUUUUGUGUAUUUAGUAGUAAAUAUUCAGGGUUAUUACAGAUUGCGUAAGACAUUUAAAUACAGAUCUUUCUAAAAACAAUCACAAGCAAUGAUGAAAGGAAAAUUCUCCUGUUAAUGAUCCCAUACUAAACCAUGAGGAAAGAACCGGGAAAAAAACCUCAUACUAUCCCGACAUGUGGCAAGUAUUUGACCUUACAUUUAGUUUACUCUCAAUAUUAACACCAAACUGAUUUUAUAUGUAUGUUAUUUUAAAACAUAAAUGAUAUAUACUCGAUAUGUUAUUGAUUUACUAAUAGUGGUAUUUUCUUUCUAUUGAUUUUUCUGAUGGAUAUUCUUAAGUCUUAAGUUGUUUUAUGUAGUCUAAUGAACUAUCUUCCAAUAAAGUCGUCCCAGGAACAUAACUCAUAAAUAUUGGCAAUAUCAUUUUAAAGUCAUCUACUUUAAAAUGUAUAAUAUAUGUCUGAAUUGUCAAUAUGAAUGAGUCACAUAAAAUUAAACUACUAGAUUUUUUACCAAGUAACAAAACCAUAAUUUGUUUAAUUUAUGAGAACGAUUGUAUUUUGAAAACGAUUUCUGCAGUGAAAAUUAAAACGUCAAAUAAACUUGAUUUUAAAGUAAAAUUGUGGUUUAUUCCUAACAAAAAUAGUAAUUUCGUUAAGAUGUCACAAGAAAACAGCUUCAGAUCAAUAUGAAAAAGUUUAUGGUUGUAGAUCUGCUACAUGAAUUGUCUAAAUUUUCUUCAUUCUCCACAUAAUCAAAUACAUCAUCACUGUUUCGUUGUCUGUAGUUGUUUUGACUACAUAAUCCUGGGAUGACUUGAGAAACAGAUGCGCCACACAAAAUGGAAUAACUUUCUAUUCCGAUAUACCUACUUCAAAAAUGAAUGAAAGCAUUUGGAUUUACGUAUUUGAUGGUGCCCAUAAAGCAGUCUGAAUAUCCUAUUAUUUACAACUAAAGACUAUACCUUCGUUAAUAUCUAGCAACUGGCCUGUUGAAAAGUAGCUUUCCUUCCUAAUAUUUGAAAUUAUCACUAUAAUAUCUUUACUUCACUAGCUUUUAACGAAAUAUUGAUGAUUACAGCAAAAGUAUCUGUCUUCAUAGAAGUGCAUUAGUAUCUAGAUUUUCAUGAAAUAUUCAUUUUUAACCGGAGGCGGCAAAACUAGGACACACUAUGUAUACUUACUGAUCAAUUUUAGGGACCCAUCAUACAUAUUUCAAGCAAACAGUUUUAAAAAUGUUGCGUCUAGCAUGAACAUUGUUUAAACAUUUCAACAAAGGCCAGCUAUCUAAAAGACUCGUUAAUAUUCAUCUCAGCAGGUUACUAUUAUUCGAUGUGUGGAAUUCCGUAAACAAGGGAUCUACCUGUUUUAUGAAAUGAUCCCUUGUUUAUGUAAUUUCACAUCUCGAACAAUAACAUAUCGCUGAGACUAAUAUUAUUGAGUUUCUUAGCUGGUACACAAAUAUAGAUCAACCACAUGAGCAUAACGCAUCAUGUGGUUGAUCUAUAUUUUAAAAUGAACAUAUUGAUGAAAUGCGCAGAUUUUUAAAUUGGUUUUCUUUGUAAUUUAUAUCAAUUUCAUUGAUUUCUUAAACGAUGUUUUGCCGCCAAUAUAUUAAAUUCACUAUCAAUGAAAGUACAAAAACUGAAGUUCAAUGUUAGAAUUGUUUUAACUAAUUUUUAAGUUGUAUGUAUUGCCUGUAAGGAUAUCUAUAAAUGCUCAUAAUUUUAUCUAUAAAGUAUAUAAUAAUAUGACAACUAAAACAAUUGCUUACUCUAUUGUAAAAAUUGCCCAUUGAAAUAAUAGUAAAGAAAUUAUAAAUCUGUGUUACUUUAGUUGGUCAGCAAUUUAGUUUAAUAGUACUUGGAUGACCGGUUUCGAACAAUACAAUUUUGUGCUCAUUUUCAGGGGUCCCGGGUAAUGUUACUUAAUCGCUAAAAUAAAAAUUACAUUUGUUGCUAUUCGCUAUGUGCAAGUACUUGGAGGGGAUAUGAGAAACGAUCGUGCGCAAAUAGCGGAAAAAUCUUGCAACUGUCUUAAAUAAUUCUUAUGGUCAAUUGAAAUUGUCAAAUUGAUGUAUAUUUCAUACCUACUGUCAUUGAAGAAGAAAAAUUAUAUGUUGCUCCACAAUAUUGAUAUGAUAUGCAAUUAUUACAUAAAAGUAAAUUUAAUUAAUAAUUGUAUUUGGCUUGCAGUACUGCAUUUUAAUAAAAUUGUAAUACUACAUAGAAUUCUUUACCUUUUAAUAACAUAACCUCAAUCUUACUUUUUCUUCUUAUAAUUGUUUGGGCUAUGGCCUUGACAAUUAUCCAGCAAUCAGGACUAAUAUAAUUGGCCAAUAUAAUUAAAAAAGUGCGAAAAAUGUUGCCGAGCUAUGAAACCAGGUGGCGCUUUUCCGAACUUGCACGGUCCCAAUAACUUAAGUUAUGCCAAUAUUAGGUGUAUUUAAUUUUGAGGAGUAUAUUGCAAGUAUAAUUACAUUACAGUACAAGAGAUGUGGUCCGUGGUAAGCAUACCAUACUCUUGAUAAAGCCAAGGCAGUGUUUAUUGGGAUAAAACUUUUUAGCAGACCGAUGUUUGGGACAAAUAUACUUAAUUUUACACUUUUUUUUUCUUUUAGCGGUUAAGUAUCUUUAUUGGGGAUCUGAAGAUGAGCAGAACAUUGUGAUAGUCGAAAACGGUCUUUAAGUUGCUAUAAAACUGAUCGUAAAGCUGGGUGCCAAUCACACUCGACAGCGAGAUGAGUUCCCUGCUCUUUCCUGCAAGAAAAUAACUCUACUUCUGGAUGACACCGUUAUUUUUGCUCGACAGCAAAUAUGUUAAAUAUGAUAAACAGUGGGAAAAUAUGAAAUUAAACCAAAACUGAACAGAAAUACUAGAGGUCAUAAUUCUGCAUAUUUUUCUUAUCUUCUUUCGCUCAUUGUUUUCAUAGAAUUUUCGAUAGCCUUAAAUUUUUGGCUGUCCAGACUGUUGUGGCUCGCUAUCAGAGUUUUCCUUCUCUCGGUAUGUGCCCUUAUCAAUUCAAUAUCUAUGUUGUAUACUAUUUUUCCUGUUAUCUUUCAUUAUUGACUUUGAAAAGGCCUUUGAUAGUAUGAACUGAGAUCAAAUGUAGAUGAUUCUGAAAUUAUAUGGAUUACCGAUGAAAUACAUCAACCUGGUUAGAUUAUUCUACAAAGGAUAUAGAGCCAGACUGGAACAUGCGGGAGAAGUGGUAGAAGAUACAAAACGGAGUUAAACAAGGAUGUACACUGUCCCCGCCACUAUUCCGAACCAUAACGAAUUGGAUCAUGAAGAAACUAAGUGACAAAAAAGGUAUGAAGUGGAACUUACAUAACCAGUUGGAGGACAUGGAGAUGAAAUUUGUCUCCUAACCGAACACAGAAACCAUAUGCAGAAAAAGAUCUACAAACUUGCAAAAUACUUUAAUCUAAUAGCUCUUAAGAUAAAUACAGAAAAAAUGAAGCUUUUAAAAAACCAGAACCAAGUAACUAAAAUUAGCCAGGUAACAUAUAGAGAAAACAAUACUCCAUACCAUAAGGAGGGAAGACAGUAGAGUGAGGGAGGGAAGACAGUAGAGUGAGGGAGGGAAGACAGUAGAGUGAGGGAGGGAAGACAGUAGAGUGAGGGAGGGAAGACAGUAGAGUGAGGGAGGGAAGACAGUAGAGUGAGGGAGGGAAGACAGUAGAGAGAGAGAGAGCGUGCGUCUUACUCUUAUAUUACAAAACCAUUAUCUAACCGUUUCCUUCCAAAUUGAGCCCAGUUUUUUUGAUUUAUCUUCUCUGAAAGUUUAACAGGAGUAAAAUGUUUUUCUGAUUGACAAUCAGAAUGUAUUAAUUGAUAGUGAAUACAAAUUAAUGUAUUCUGUAAUGUAGUAUAACUUAUUACCGGCCAUCGCACUCUUCAUGGCAAGUAUGGUAGCUAAUUUAGGAGAAAGUCGUUACAACAAAGAAUUGUUACGUUAGAUUUUAGUCACGUUAUUAUUAAGUUUAUUCAAAUGUUUGUGUAUUGUUUUCCUUUGAACCUUUAUAUUUAUUAUUUAGGUAUUUUAUAAUCCGAAAAGAUUGAGUAUCUUUUUCAUUUAGCAACGAUGGCGAUGUUUAUGAUAAAAUGUUGUAAACAUUAACAUGGGAUUUCAAGGUUUAUCAAAAAUUUAGACUGAUUAAAAACUUUUACAUAAUCUUUACUUUUAUAAGCUGUUUAACCACUAUCUCGAUUUGAUAAAUUCCCAAUCCACAACCCACUAAUCGCUAGAGUCACACUUAAGCUUAAAUAUAUUAGAAAAAUCCAAAAAAUUCAAACUGAAAGUUAAAAAACUGAAGGAAGAUGGUGUAAAAGAGAAAUUCCAACAGAUAAUAUCUAAAAACCUUGAUAAAAUAGACACAAACACCUGUGAGAUCACCAAACAAUGGAAAACCCUAAAAACUAUCUCCUUGUUCCAGGCAACUAGAUGUUAAAAGGGCCGAUAAAAAUGAAAAAUAAUUGGAUGACCGAGGACAUACUGGACAUGAUGGACCAACGGAAACAAGCUAAGAACGAAGGCAGUCACAAAUACAAAAUUAUUAACAAUGAAAUCAGAAAACGAUAAGAGAGACUAAACCCAGAUAACAAUAUAAACUUGUUUCAAACUUGCAACAAGUUUGAUACAUCAAACAUGAAAGCUUGCUGCAAGAUUGCCAUGGCAACUUUGCCAACUUGCAGCAAGUUUAAAUCAAACUUUCUAGUUACAGUGUGACAAACUUGCAUGAAGUUUGUUUUUUCAAACUUGAUACAAACUUGAUAUAACAAACUUGCUGAAGGUUUGUUUUUGUUUUGUUGCAUGAAGUUUGUUUUUUUCAAACUGGAUACAAACUUGCUUAACUUGAUAUAACAAACUUGAUGAAGGUUUGUUUUUGUUUUGUUGCAUGAAGUUUGUUUUGACAUACUAGCAACAAUUUGAAUAAAACAAGGUGAAUAAAAAAUACAAUACAAUAUAUAACUAUUAAUCGCUCAACUAAAAUCUAAAAAUACAAUAUAUUGUCUAAAAUUAUUUAUUGGAACUUACAUUAAACCUGCUAGCUUCAGAUUUCGAUUGUGUUCCGAUGCUCAGUUUUGUCUAUCAGCUCUGAAAUAAAUAAAAGAAAUUGUUAUAAAUUCUUGCUGUGUGAACAGAACAGAAUUAUUAUUUGCUAUUAAAAGAGAUAAAAAGAUGUUGAAGUAAUAAUUUUACAAUGAAACCUAAAAUUUAUUUAUAUAUAAUAUAUAAUUGAUUUUAGAUAGUAUGUAAAUACAGCUAGAAGCUACGAAAAACAUAAAAAAACUUACCUCAAUUUCACCAAAGCAAAAAAGAAUACCAAUCUGUAAUCACCACAAGCAGGUUGGUCUAUGAAAAACUGAAGAAAAGAAGAUUCAGCUUAAUAAUAAUAUAAUUAAUAAGUAUCUAAUAUGUAGUCUCGGAGAAUUGUACUUUAAAUUUAAGUUGUAAAAAACUCGAAAGUAAAAUAUAACAUCUAUGAAUAUAACAUAACAACAUAGGACAUAACCACAAAUCACAAAUUAUCACGGCGUGACAGGUUAUUUUUCCCGUGUUGGCAGCCGUCGAGGAAGCUUUUUCCCUCAACUUAAUUUCCACUUUUAUGAUAAAAUUCCCUCUUAUUUACAAAAUCUGAGAAAAUAUGUUAAAUUAUUUUCAAAUAUUUUGAUUUUUUUAAAUAUUUUACUAUUUGGACUGGAGCAAAAAUUCCCUUUCGAGUUAAAUUUUUGCCUUUUAUGUUGAAAAUCCUCGCAAAAAGGGAAAUUUCCCUCCGGUGGCAACACUUUCGUUGGCGUGGGCGUGGCAUCAGUCAUGGUACCGAACGAAAAUCGAACCGAACCGACCGUAACGUGUAAGUCAAUAAAAUAGAUGGCACGCUUGGCGUGGCUGUGCAGCUGUAAAGCUUGCAGCAAAGUUGCUACAAACUUGAAUCAUCAUCUUUGUCAUAACAAUAUUGCAGCAAACUUGACACAAACUUGCCUCGUCAUAUUUGACGCAGCAAUUUAAAAUCAAAGUAGAAUCAAACUUGCCACAAGUUUACAUGCUAUCUAGGUACAAACUUACUCUGAGGAAAAAUAUAAAGGCUACAUAAAAACUACGUAAAAACGUUGAAGAAAUAGCAGGUUUGCAAAAAAACUAUAAUACAACUCUUUUAGAAAAAAACGGGAACACCAUGAUAACGACUGACGAAAAAUUAAAACGAUGGGAAGAGGAAUAUACAAGAAGGCGCGGGAAGUUUACCCCAUCUGUAGAGGUAGAGGGAAUCGGCGCAUCUUCCGCAGUUUAUUCUGAUUCAAUUAAGGGCUGCCCAAAUAUUUCGGGAACGUUCAAAUUUUUCAGGUUUGUCUGUGAUAUUCAGUAAUGCAGACUUGUUUUACUUUCCCAUUCUUCUCCCCAUCGAGCAUUUAAGUUAAGAUUGAAAUGAUGUAGCGCUUCAGCGGAUGUCAGGAGAAGUAACUUGGAUCGAAGAUGGCUUCCAAGAAUAUCGGGAAUGUCAUUGUAAAUUUAAAGAUUAUGUAAAUGUUUUAGUUAGUCUUUAUUUAUUCAACCUUUAUUAUUAAACUAAUGUUCCUAAGUUAAAAGUCGAACAAAUACUCUAAAAGUAUAUACCUACAUAUUGUAACGGUUGACCCUCUAACAUCUACCUCUAAAACUUUCUUCCGUGUAACGACCGUGCGAUGACUAAGAGCAAGUUCACAUGACAGUCGCUUAACGCGCUUGUCAUGUGAACGUGCCCUAACUAUCACUAUUAUAUUUUACCAUGUGUUAAGAAUUUUUUAUUGUUUAUUUAUUCGUUCUUGCUGAACAUAGUAGUGAUAACUUGUUAUUUUUUAUAUGUGUUGAAAUUCGUGUUUCAUUUGUAUAUCUUAGAAUAUGGUUUUAGAAAUAAAAUAAAAGUGGUAUCUUCGGUUUACAAUUUCUUUGGGAAAAUAUUCAAUUCGACGGUGUAGCUCCAAAACUACAUCAAAAAUGAAUAGUUGCAUUGAAGAGGAAAAGGUUGGCUGCUUCAGCAGUAGAAAAAUUAGGAUAAUGAUUUUGCUAAAUUACGACAAAAAAAUAAAAUUUUUAAUAAUUUGAUCACUUUUUUCGUACUAUCGGUAGAUUUCUUGAUUUAGUAGCUAUAAAAACUAUUCUAUGGAUAUUUCUUCAACUUAGUUUUUAAGGAAACUUAGUUUCCUUGACGAAUGUGAGAUUGCGUGACAAUAAUACUACCAAAACUGUCUACAACUGAAAAAAGAUUUUUUUAGUCAUCUUUAUUCUGCAUUUUUGUAUUUCAAACCAUUAAAGGUUUUAACUGGAAGACUGAUCAAUAACUGUAAAAAUAGGCAAAUGCUCAGAGCAUUGAUAGUUGUUAAUGUUCCAAUAUUUUUUAAGUGCUAUCUCCGUUACAGAGAUGGCCACUCAACUUUAGGAUCAACUACCUACUCUAAAGAGUUGUUUUAAGCUGCAACCUUAGCAUUCUCUGCAAGUCGGCACAAAGAUUAAAACUGCCCGAUAUAAAAUAUACCAGCUCGGUUCAUGGGAUAUUAAAAAUUUUAAAUUACUGUCACAUGAAAAUAUCACUAAAUUUUCGAUCGAGUCAUUCACUAGUAAACAGUUUUCCCCUCAAUUUUUUUGGUUCUCAUUUUCGUAAAACUUAAUGAACUUCAAAAAUUGAUUUUGCUAAAGCUGGUUGUAACUUCCGACGAGCACAAUACAGAUUUUUUUGCACAAUGUAAAUCAUUUGUUGUCAAAUUCGUUAAAUUAUUGUCUUUAUUAUUUAGUUUUUUUCUAAUUAAUUUGGAAGGUUUUUCAAAUAAGUCAUUUUCAGCCUUUCGUUUUAUCCCGUGACUUAAGACUUUUCUUUCUAAUAGGUUUUCUGAUUCUGGAUCAUGAUUAUGAUUAUGGUUUAUACUAGUUGUAAUUCGAUUCUUAUUUUCUCCAAUUGUUUUUAUGAAAGCUUUGCAAUUAUCCUUUACACAUCUCCACUUUGUUUCACCUGAAGCUAAUUUUCAUUUUUGUUCUUUAAAUUUAUAACGUUCACACACUAAUAACAAUUUUCCUCUUUGACUAAACAUUUCACUUAUACUUUCGCUUUAAAGAUGUCAUUAUACUCUAUUUUGUCUGGAUACUGAAUUAGCAAUUAAUUGAAAGAUAAAUUGAUUCCACUACGAGGUGUCGAGCGAGUAACAUCGUUCUGUAUUUUGUCGUGCUUUGUAAAAUAUAGUGCAAAAACAGUGACAUUAGCGUACCUUCAACUAUGUUAAAUCCAAACAUCUAACCAAGCUUUAUCCUAUGUAUCAGGCCACGGCCAACAUUUCCAACCAAGGGAAACUGUUUCUUAAAUUCGCAAAGAACCCAAAAUUUCUGUAAUUCCAAGAUAAAAUUAUUAGUAUACCUACUAUAAGGAGUAAUAAUACCUACCUGUUAAUCUUCGAGCCGACCUGGGGGUUUUAAAAUGUAUCAGGGGUAUCAUAAAGGGCUAAAGGAUUAUAGUGAGCCGAGAUGGGAAUACCCCGUUGAAAGAAUAGACAUGGCUAAAUGGGCUUGGGUCGGACAUGUCGCCAGAUUGACGGAUAAUAGAUGGACCAGAAAUAUUCUGGAAUGGUAAUCAAGACAAUAGUCAUAUCGAAGCAGAGGACGAUCAUCGACUAGAUAGAUGGAUGAUAUAAAGCGCAUCACCACAAAUCGAAUGCAAGCAGCUUAAGACAUAGAUAUGUGGAACAUUUUACGGGAGGCCUACGUUCAGAAGUGGACAAAUAUACGCUAGUUGGUGAUGGUACAAAUAUUUAGCUAUUGCCUAUUUUUACAGUAUUUAUCUGCCUUUAUUCAUUAUGAAAACACAUCAGUAGAUAGAUAUUUGAAAGACAUUUGGUACAGAUCUUCAUGGAGUAUAUUGGUCUUUAACAUCCAUUUUAAAAUCGUUUUGGAUCUACACUGUGCCCGCUUAAAAUAUUAGUGAAAUCUGCCUUCAGUCAGCAAUAUUAUCUUAAAUAAACCAAGUACACCAGCAAAUUUGUAAACCGAAUGUAUUUGUAUAGUUACUUAGUCUUAGUGAACUAUUAUUGGAAAAAGUUUAAAAUCGUCAAAAGUCAUGACAGUUUUUACAAGUGAACAAAGACAAAAUUAUACGUUUCCAUUUGUAUUGUUCAAGUAAUUGUACGAAAAGUAAGAUGCAUCCGAUCCAAAAACUAAUAUCUGUAAAAAGAAUUAGUUGGUAAAAUAUUUCUUACAUUAAAAAAUAAGAAUUA